CCUGGACGCUUUGAAAUCGAGCUGUAAUCCGGAUGUUGAAUGCUGACCUGACCGAAGGAAGUGAAUUAUCGUUACCUGGUCAUUUAUGAUUUGAAUGAAUGGUCUGGUCUUGGCCCGGCACAUGUCAUGAUCCAUGCCUGAUAGUUCGACAGCCGCUGUAACCUCACAGCGGAACUCUUUUCAGCGUAACAACCAACCUGACCCGACCCUUCAAAAAACGGGAGAGACCCUCUUCUAGGUACGGAUACAGUAUUCUUUUCUUCUUUUCGGUCGCUACCCAUGUUAAUAUAGAGCCACGGACACGACAUCAUUCGAGCCAAGGAUGUUGCUCCUUUUCUCGUCGGGGCCUUCCCCUCGGACCAAAUACAGGUAGUGGCUGAUUGGCGGAAAACCGUUUCGAAACGCUCGACGGGCGGCGUCGACGGUUAUCUUCUGUCUCAUUCCAGUGCAGACACUACUACACAGUAAACUCUUCUCUGCCUGGCUAGGCUGGCUGCUGGCUGGCCGUUUUGGAUCGCGACCCUUGAAUUGAUGGCUGUUUGUUCCUUGCCGUUGCUGUUUCAGGUGAGCAUAGCUGUUACAGCGCGGGUUCCGGGUUCAAGAGCCAGAUCAGAUCAGCAUUUUCCGCCCAGAAAGGCUGGGAGCACGUUUUGACCUGGGUGGCUAAAAGAAGUGUGUGCCUCUACGGGACCUACGGGUAGCCCAAAAUUGAUCUGAUUGACUGGUUCAAUCCCAGAGAUUGCCCAGAAAAACGUGGUAAUCCCUAUCAUCGUCAGCUAGCAAAGAACAGCUCUGAUAACAAGGGACGUGCCCACGGAGGUUACUACCUUGAUCGAGCGAAACCCCGGAGCAGAGAGAAGGGAUUUGGAAGUAGACAGCCCAGGAUCAGCAACCGGGCUCUUUAGCACAAGGACGCUUGGGCAAAGGGCGCCGCCUUAUUGUAAUGUUCAUGGGCAAUGGAUCUUGUCUCUGUGGAUCGAUCAUAUGCGAUGCUCGUGUCAUGGGAAAUUCGCAUUCUCAACAGAUUCAUUACGGCCUUCCUUCUCUUCUCAAUGACAUACAGAACAGAUAGGACUCUCGCUUCUCGGUCUCCCGAACACGACCCCAUGUCGAUUCUUGUCGCUCUGUGCCUGCAGCCGAUGCGCGGGACAGGGGCAAUCAAUCCUAUUUCCUUGAUCAGCCAAGACAGAGAGACAUUGCAUUAAAAGCGACAACGCAAACUUGAACACAAGCAAGCAGGCAGGUAAUCGAAUUGCUGCUAUCUUUAGAGUCAAUAUGUGGUGAAACACCAGUAUUUCUUGUUUGUAUGGCUACAGCACACACUGAUACACCAUCACGAGAUGUUUUGGCUGUCUGUCAUGUAACAAGUGAGCUGGCGCCUUUUCUGUCGCUGGCUGUUUUGACUCAAAGCUCCCACCAUCCAUCGAUGCGUUCUUGGGAUUGAUUGACUGCCAGGACCUGGUUCUGAGUCCCCCCCAGCUCCUGUUGGCUUGGUGCUUGGCUUGGCUUCUGGUCUUGGCUAGGCCGGUUUCUGCUGCAAGACCCCCUGUCCUGGCUCCUGGGCUCGUCAUUGACCCCUGGUACCGCUUCGACCCAAACAGAACAGGGAUGUGCCUGUCUCGUUCGCCCAUCAGGUCCCGCCUGUCGGUCGACGGCGCGAGAGAGGGAGAUCUCGUUGUUAUGACGCUCCAGAAGAGAGAUCGUGAUGAGUUGAGAGACGAGGCAAAGAUGAGAUGGAUAGAUGGGGAUAGGGAGGGGAUGUGAGUGAGAUCGUCGCUGUUUGCUUAGUAGAGCGGUUAUCGAAACGAAUCGACGGGAGCCAUUCAGAUGAUGACAGUAGCGCUCUCCAUUACAUUGCCUACCUACCUGGCUACGUGCUUCUACAACGGCUUCAUCCGCGAAUAGGGACUUCGGUAGUGAAGCACAACGUGCUGUAAGGUAAGCAGGCGUACAUUGGCAAUGCACCUCAGUCAAUCAAUAGGAUCCUUCCUGUACGUCACGUCACUAAUUCAACUGUACCUGUCGAUUUUUAUCUCCUACCUUAUCCUUGAAUCUUUCCUCGAUCCCAUCUCCCGGAUGAUUUUCUCCUCCUCCACAUCCUCACUCCCUCACUCACUCACUCUAUUCUCCUCCUCCUCCUCUCCCGUUCGUUCCAUCUACACUCUCACACGGCACGGGGGAAUAAGCUCUUCUAUUUUUGGGGAAGCUCGUUCACUCGCACACGGGUAGUGACUUGAAUGAGUGAUCUUGGAUUUCCUUCCUUCUUCAUUUCCACACGGGAAACCUACCAUCGCGGCUCGUCAUUAAUCAUUAAUUUUUGUGAAACUCUGGCUCAAGAGCCGGACAGUACGGGACGGGGCUUGGUACAGCCUACAGCCCAAAAAAGAGAGGAACAGGCCCCCAAAAAGACCGCAACAGCAAGGUACCCGAACCUAACCAAAGUGGUGCCCCAUUUUAAACAACAGGGACAAUUUUGAUUGGCUAAAGCUCUAUUUUUCGACCCCAUUUGCUCCUUUCUAGGUUCUGCCCCAGUCCCAGUCUCGUGGGUUCUUUUUUGGGGCAGUCAGUCAGCCAAACUGCCAGACAGUCAUUGAAUUGAGUGAGAGGGCGAGCGAGUGGUGCCAGAAUCACAAAACGACGCCUUCAAGCACGGGCUCCAAAUCGGGCCCCGCCCCCCUUCUUCAGUGCGACAAGCUCCUUCCAGCAGCAGCGAUAGCGCUGUUUCUUAGCUGUCGACAGCCGCAAUUACAGCAGCAGCACAGAGCUACACAGACCAACUUUGCUGCACCCCCUAAACACCGACCAAAACACAAAAAAGGCACACAAAACACCAAAGGCGAUCAUUAAUUAGUCGGAGAAAUAUCCUGGCUGCGCUACACGCCCCCUUUACCUUUCUGAGCCUACCUCUCUCUGCCCCAUCAGCAAGCAUCCGUCCAUUCGUUCCGUCUUCUCUCCCCCCAUCAGCCACUGAUCUCUCAAUCUACGGCGGAUACUGUGCUUGUACCGAACGAGUCUGAAGACUCCAGCACCCCUAGUCUAGCUUGUUCCUCACUCCCACUCUCCCACUCCUACGACAAGAGAUACCUACUCCCUGUAACCUCAAGCCUGUACCAACCAACGCUUGUGCUUGUCGCUGUCUGUCGCUGUCGCCGCAGCCUGCGCCUACUCCUACACUACCCUCCCCAUCCCCCAUUAUCUUCCAUCCUCUCCCGUCGUCGUCUCUUCACAACUCCAAGCUAACCGUCACCAACCUUUUUUUCUUUCGUUUCUCUCUUGUUUCUUUUGCUUCAUAUCCACUCUCGCUCAAAGGUCUUGGGACCUUAAACUCUCGCUUUUGUCCUUCGUUGUUCAAUCGUUCCCGAAAUCUGAACGGAACCUACUCAUUCGCUACCUUACCCCGUAUUAUCCAUCAGCUCAUCCUCCUUCGACUUCAACCACAUUCGCUUCAACAACCGCGUUAUAUCCAACUCAAAGUUUCAAAAUCAGCUGACGAAACUCGAAUAUUAUCGCAUUGCUCCUCAAUCUUGAUUCACCUCGAAAUUCAGAUUUUCCCUCCAUGUGAGCGGAGCCCAUGGACCCGAGACAGAACCAGAAUCAGCGACACUCAAGUCAGACCAGCAGCCCUCAGCAACACUUCGAUUUCCAACAGCACAACAUGUCGCAGCAACCGAGUCCUUCGCCUCAGCAGUCUCACGACGCGAACCCUCAGGAUGUUCUCGCCGAGGCCCGUAAGAACCUUCAGGUCCUGAUUGACUCAGGCAUGUCCAAGGAGCUUCUGCACCAGCUGGUCGAAGGCGGCCAUGGCCUCAACUUGAACCUCAGCGCGAUGACAGCCAUGCAAGGCAUGCCUACGAUUCCUUCUCAACCUCAGCAGACUCCCUUUAGCCAGCAACCUCCCAACCCGAGUCAAACGGCCCCUACUGCUUCGCUCGCUCCCCCACCACCCAUGCGAUGCCCUCCUCCGCCUCCUGUUGCCUCCAAUGGCCCCAGUAUGCAGACAGUGACGACGACUCCUAAUAGCGUUCCAUCCACUUCCACGACCCCUUCAGCUGAGAUUAAGCACGAAAUCAUUUCCGAGGAUAUGAACUUUCCCAACCCAGCCAUGUUUCUUCCCCCGCAAGCUGCGUUUAGCCAUCGCCCUCGCAUCUCGGUUUCCUCGACGAGCUCCGGUUCUUCUGGACAUGCUUCCAUCUGGUCGACCAACUCGGGACAGUCUUCGAUGUCUUGGCAGUCCGCUUCUACUGGCAACCGAUCGCAGGCGCCGCUCCCUAUCCCCCCUUCCAGCUCCUUGAACGGACUCGGUCCCAUGAGUGCCCCGGUCGGCACAGCUGGUAAGACCAACAUUUAUUGGUGCACCUCGUGUGAGACCAGCUUCAAGCGCAAGUACGACUGGAAGCGCCACGAGGAUGAGUUUCACGAGCGCUGGCGCAAGUAUCCUUGUCCCGAGCCUGGAUGUAACCGCAGCUUCUGGGGAUCCAACUCGUUCAAUCAGCAUCACAAGCAAUGCCACGGAUGCAAGACUUGCCCUCACGCCGAAAAGGUGGUCAAGUUCCUCCGAAAGCGCAAGUACUGGGCGUGCGGCUUCUGCUCUGCCCUCCACCCUGCCCGUGAGCGCCACGUCGAACACGUUGCUCGACACUUCGAGUCGGGUAUGACAAAGGGUGACUGGAUGCAUUCUCGCGUUGUGUAUGGUCUACUCCACCAGCCUCUGAUCCACGAGGCUUGGGACGCUUUGGUUGUGAGCAAGCAGGCCGAGUACAAUGGCCGACGACCCCAGUUCAGUUGGCACCCAAGCAAGACUGGCCGUGCCCAAGGUUUCCUCGAGAACGAGAAUCCCGGCCAGCUCCAGGACCUGCUAGAGUUCUUCUCCGGAGAUGAAGGUGAAGCUCAGUGGAUUGUCAGCGUUGCGUACGACCUGGCCGAUAUUGUUCUUACCUCAGCACCAAUCCCUUCUCCUCAGUACUCACACGCCAGCCUUGGACCCCAGGGCUUUACACACGACCCACGAAUGUCGUUUAUGCCGCUGCCAACCCAGGGCCACGCAGGUCAUCAGUCUCUGAUGCCUUCACCUGACCCUCAGCAGACCCAAUUCAACUCGCCGUUCCGAAACACGAUAAUGGUGCCCUCUCAACAAUUCCCCUCACCCUCAAGACCGUCGCCAGACUCUUCGUCCCACUCACCGAUGGGACCUUCGACAUCACCGUUGAUGCCGCCACCAGCGCCUUCUCCGCUCGAGAAGCGUGAGCUGCCACCACCCCCUCACUCACAGGGCCACGACGCUGGUGAGUCAAUGAUGGACUUUGAGUACUCGCCAGCACCGCCGCCUGUCUUGUUUGACGACUGGGAGAGUCUCACAGGCUCUGUUGUCGAGCAGCCUGGCCAGCAGCACGACGGUGCCACAAGUGGCUGGGGAAUGGUGCAAUAUUUCAAUGACCCCCGUGUCACCUCAUGAGCUUAAGCUAGCCGCCCACAACACACUCUUUGACUUUCGGACAUUACUGAGCCAUCUGAUUUGCUAGCCCAGUUUUGGGUUCCCCCACGUUUUCCUUGAAUCGAGUCAACAACAACCCUUGCGGACGUCUUGGUGUUCCUGCAAGCAUUUUCCUUUUUUUGUUUUUCCUUAGUAGAUAAUGAUAAUACCCCUUCAUCGAGACGACAGGUGAGGGCAUCUGGAUUGUUUUUUUAUCUUGUCACGGCAGGCUGAAAGAAAUGUAUUGGGCUUAUCAUGUCCUGGUCCUGGAUCAAAAGGGUGGAGUUGGGUGAUGCAGCUGUCCUGUCGUCCUUUGUUUCCUUUUAUGUCAUUGAUGGAUGAGAAUAUAUGGGAGUAACUUGGGUUGGUGGAUUGAAUAAGGGACAAAAACCGGUGGUUAGUGAGAGAGUGAGUGAGGAUAGAUGUGUACUGGCAUCGAGGUUGGUGCGCAUUUACAGCGACGCUGAAGAGCCAUAUGCUGUAAGAUAGGAUAGGAAGAGAGACAGAGAAACAAGCAAGAAAGGAAUAGAGAACCCGGAAGGGACGGAUUUGAAUGAAUGAGUGCGUCAGAGGCUGAAAUAUAUGGGAUUGGGCUGAGGAAUGUAGGGGAAAUGAGGAGGUGUCUGAGACAAUUGGUUGGCAUGUACUGUACUGUACCUAGUCUAGGGAGAUGUAUGUCUUGGAUCUAUUUGGGUGCAUGUAGAUAUAGUCACGAGUUACGAUGCGUUGAGCUGUAAUACACACUGAGUUUUUACUUUGACCUUGAAGCUACAGACCGACCAUGAUGAGAUAGAUGGCUUAGUUGGUGGGGAGUCGAUAAGUCAUUACCAGACAAAACUCUUCCGCGGC